CGUUAUAAUCGCAUACGACAUAUUGAUACGUCAUCUUAAUGAUGUGGAACCUGUUUCCAUGCAUAAAAUGUGUAACAUAUAUCUUAGUUUUCUUUCUUUUAUUUUUCAAUUGUACUUUUUCGCAAAAAAACCAACACAAUUGUAAGUUAUUAUUAUUUUAACUAUUGAACGUGUGACAUUUAACGAAUAACGAAGAUGGCGCUCAUUUUGAUUUAUCUAUAUAUUUGCAAAGUGCUCGGUUGACUAUGCGAAGAGGUUAUAUUUCUCUGUGUUAACUCAUUAUACUCGUAUUGCCUAUAAACGCAUUACGAAAAGAUAUUUAAUGAUAAUUUCGACGCGAAAAACACGUAGAGAUAUAAAGGCGACAGUAUAUGAAACGAAAGCUCAUACUUAGAAACCAUUAUUGAAAUUUUUCAAUUUCUAUGACAGUGGAUUGUCAAAUGAGGCAAUGGGUACGACACCAAGUCGAUACGAUGAUUUAUCAAAAAAUGUUUAUCUAGAAAAGUUUUGUGGGAAAAAGAGUAUUCUUCCAAAUGAUCCAUUUUGGAAUACAUUUUUAUCUUACAAUAUGAGACCACCUGUUACAAGAAGUGACCAGAUAGAACUAGACUCUCGACUAGAUUCCUCAUGCCAACAGUUGUUGGCUAAUAAUUUAACCACUGGCAACUUUGGUAGUUUGAUACAAGUUGCUCUUAUGCGUGCCAGUAGUUUACUUGCAUCAAUGCAAAAUCAAAAAAUCAUAUCAGCCUGGCAGACAUACAAUGCAUUGUUUACGGUAAGAUGUAUAUUGAAAUAUUUAAUAGAAACAGUGGGUGAAGAAGAAAUGAUAAAACAUAUAGAAGCACCACAGUUGUCAGUACCAACGCAAUCUAAUUCAUCUUAUAGAUUAAAAGAUCUUUUUGAAGCAUUAGUUGACAUCAUAACAGAUGUACCAUUUGAGUUCACGUAUGUAGUUCAUCUAGAAGCUAUAAAUUGCUUACUCGUAUUACUUUCUGUACAACUUUUUUCACAAACUGCAGCUGAAUACAGUUGUAUCUAUAGAAUAGCAAUGCAUUCGCAUUCUAGUGAACACGCAGCAGCAAUGGUAUGUACAUUGCUGCAUAAUUUUGUGCAACAAGAACAUGCUCCUCCUGGUUUACUUACCCAGCAACCAGGAGGAAGUAUUGUUUUUAGUCUGGCAGCUGGAUUGUGGAAUGUAAUUACAAUGGGUAUGGGUAGUAGUUUAAAAAAUGUACAAGUUACAAGUAAUGGUACUUCUGAAGAAGAGGAACGAAAACGUGAUACAGAAACACCUCUUGCUAGUCAAUCAUUAUUACUUCUAUUGAUAUUAACAAAUCAUUGUACUGCAACUCAAAAUCCUUAUAGGAAUGCACUUUUUACAUUUGUGGAUAUGCAAGAAGACUAUAUCACAAUGCAAGGAAAAUUUAGGUUUAAUUUAAAUAAAUUGUAUAAUACCAUAUGUAAAAUACCAAAUACAGAUGAAGUUACAUUAUUAUUAUACAUGUUGCUCCAUAGAAAUUCAAGUGUAAAACAAAAUAUCAUGAGAAGAUCAGAUAUACAGCUAUUGGUAAUACCAAUACUUCAAAUAUUGUAUCAUGCUCCAAACAAUACGUCGCAUCACAUUUAUAUGUCUCUUAUUAUUCUUUUAAUUUUAAGUGAAGAUGAAACAUUUAACAAGAGGAUACAUGAAAUAAUGCUUAAGGGUGUGAGUUGGUAUACAGAAAGAUCAAUAAGUGAAAUAUCAUUAGGAGGUCUUUUAAUUCUUGUUGUCAUAAGAACCAUACAAUAUAAUAUGUUCAAAAUGAGGGAUAAAUAUCUCCAUACAAAUUGCUUAGCAGCUUUGGCAAAUAUGUCAGCACAGUUUACAUCUUUACAUCCGUAUGUUAGUCAAAGAUUAUUGAGUUUAUUUGAAACUCUCGCAAAAAAACAUGCUAGAUUAGAAACAAAAAUACGCACGCAACCUUCUGUUUCUUCUGACAAUACUACUACUACCGUUAAUGGAACAACACCAAACACAGAUUUAAUCCAAGACUUAACAAUACUGGAAGAAGUUUUACGAAUGGUACUAGAGAUCAUAAAUAGUUGUUUAACUCAUAGACUCGCACAUAAUCCAAACUUAAUAUAUACUCUUUUAUAUAAAAAAGAUAUUUUUCAACCAUUUAGGAUGCAUUCAGCAUUUCAAGACAUUGUGCAGAAUAUAGAUUCUGUCAUAAAUUUUUUUUCUUAUAAAUUGGAACAAAAAGAUCAAUCGCAACUUGGUGUGAGUCAAGUAUUAAGUACAAUUCAGCAAGGUACUAGUGAAUGGCCACGUGACCGCUUAAGGAAAUUUCCAGAAUUGAAGUUUAAAUAUGUGGAAGAGGAACAACCAGAAGAAUUCUUUAUUCCUUAUGUAUGGAGUGUCGUGUGUCAAAGUGCUCUCUUACAUUGGAAUGCUCAUACUGGAGAACAGACAACGAUUAUCGUUUGCUGAUACUGAGACAAAAACUGCUAUUUGCAGUAAACAUAUGCAAUAGAAAUCAAGUAAAAAGUAUUGAAAGUGGUAUUUCUUCAUGAAACAUUUAUUUGAUACGAAAAAAAACCAACAUAUAUAUUGUUUAUUGUAAAAGUAAUCAAAGCAAGAGAAUAGAGACCAAUCUAAAACAAUACAUACUCAUUUUAUGUCUGAAAUCGUCAGUACUUAUCUCUUGUCUUUGUUAUUAUUUCACUUGAUCACGUCAAUGUUUAACUUUUUAAAAUAACACCUGUUUAUUCAAACGAUUAGCAUCUAAAUUUAAUCGUUAACUAAAAUAAUAUUAUGAAAUCGUGGAAUGUUUUAAGAUGUUUUUUCAUAUGCAUAAGCCUAAUUAAUAAGGUAUUAUUUAUGUUAUAAAUAAUACUACUUAAUUCAUUCAUUGUACAAUAAUGAAAUUGGCUUAACAUCGUAAAAUUAUGUGUUGUUAAGACUGGUGUUACAACUUAACAUUUUAUAAAAGCUACAUUAUUGCUUAAAUUAAAUAUCAUUAAUGAAUAAAAACGUCUAAAUAUUCAACUGGAGCGUCAUAAAUUCACACCAUGGGUAAGAGUGAAACGUGAACAUUUUAUAUCAUUCACAAAAGGAUAUAAAUAAAUAUUGAAGUUUCCAGUUGGAUGUUCACGCUAAACAACAUUUUCGACAUGUUAUUAAAAUUUUUCAUAAUGAAAAUGAUAAUGAUAAGGGAACUUUUUAAGUAAAUUAUGUUUUAAAAAAAGAUAUACCUAUCUCUGUUAUUUAUUAUAAUCUCCGCUUUCUAAAAAGCUAAAAUGAUUAUGUUAUAUAUGUUAAAAGUUAUUUCAAAGCUGAAAUUUAAUAAUAUUAUAUAAUUUGACUUGUAAGACAUGUGAACAUUGUAGACUAUUAUUUAUAUAGUGGUGAAACUGUUUAGUUACAUUUUGUUUAUCAUGUUUAAUUGUAAAUAUAAGCGCAUGAAGCAAAAUAUUGUAUGGAAACUAAUGAAAAUUAAAAAAUGGCAUAGUAUAACAGCAUUUGUAUACAGAUGCAAUGCUGUUAAUGUUGAAAGUGAUUUUAAUUUAAUAAUAAUAAUAAAGAAUUCUGAUAUUUAUAAAGAGUGUGUUUUUAUUUUAUCAAAUAUUUAAAAAUAUCUAAAUAUAUUGUAAAAAUAAUCAAGUUACCUGUGGGUGCAUACAUAUAUGUAUCAAAUUAUAUGACAAUUAUAAAACAUUUUAAAGAAUGCUGAAACAAAUAUAUGUAAUAAAAAGUAAAUAACUUAUUAAAUUAGCAUUCUUGUUUAUUAUAAGAAGGGAGAAAUUAAUAUUAACUAUCUUUCAGCCUACAGGACAUAUUAAAAUAUAUCAAAUUUUUCCAGUAUUACAUAGAUUUUAAUUAUCAAUUUCAAUCACACUGAAAGCUUUUAUAAAACAAAAUAAAUAAAUAUGUAGCACAAUGUAUAUAAAAAUAUAUGAAAAAUAAAGUUGAUAUUGAACAAAUACACAUACUUGAAUUCCAAUAGAUCCCUUCGGCUGUAAAGUUAGUUCAUCCACUUGUCGAAUGUACAUCUUUAUUAAACAAAUACAGUUGACGUCUUAAUAUUAUUUAUAAUAUGUCGUUAUAGAUAGUAUUUCAUUUUCCUAGCCUGUGCAGCGUGUAUAUGCGGCCGCGUAUGUGUCUCUGCCUGUGUGUGUGUGUCGCGUGUAAAUGUAUAUGAUGUGUGUGCAUGUAUAUGAUGUGUGUGCAUGAUGCGCGCGUGCGCGCGCGUGUGUGUGUGUGCAUGUUUCUUCGUGUACAGUACUAUUGCUAAUAUUUUUUCUUGUCGAACGAUUUUCAGUUGCAGGAUAACAAGGUAAUUUGACGUUUCUGUGCGUCGUGUGCAGACGCGCCGAGUAACUCAGUGUGUCACAUGUUUAAAUUAAGACUCGUGUUGCAAUCCUUUCUCGCCACUUCACGUCGCUUAAUGACUUUGAAACUGUGCUUAGCGUACAGAUAGUAUCAGUAUUAAUAAUUAAAUUCCUUAACGGUACUAUAUCGUUACUUAAUCUUAUUAGUUAACACACAAUCAAUCUGCGACGGGAGGGAAUUUAGUCGGUCCGUAAUGUGUUCGCUUACGGCCUAGCUAUAUAGUCGGUAUAGUUGAUUAUUUAAAUCAUUACAACGUCUCCGUAGGAUUGGUAUUAUUUUAUUUCUUUCUUUUCUUUUCUUUUCU